AUGGGAGGACUAAGAGCAAGGAGGAGAGUGACGAGCUCUUCUCUACUACUCCUAUCUACAUACUUACUGGGCAAGGUACAGAGACAGGUAGCAAGGCAAAGGGCUUAUGGUUCAUGGUUUAGUGAGAUGCCUCAUGUUCUCGACAACUCCCUGCUAAGGUACUGCCAGUUGCAGACUCGGACAACCUGGGCAAAGAGGCGUCUAUUGCGUCCAUUAAACCCUCGUGGAGCCAGCAGAGCACAUGGAAGUCUAAGCUUUAGUGGGCCACAGGAACAGGCACUUCACUCCCAGUCCCCAGGAGCAAGUGAAGUUGGAGUUGGGCACUUAAGCAUGGAUCAGGACGGAGGGGGUCAAGCAGGAACAGGAACGCUGCAUAUGGCAAGUGAAGGAUUGGCUCUGCAUAUACCUCACAGUAUGUACUUUGCUCAGUUCCAAGUGGAGGCAGUAGUAAAGACAGGACAAGAGAUGACUGAGUCUGGGCACUUGCUUUCCAUCGAAUAA